CUUCUGUCAGUGUCAAAAUUUAUAUCACAAGACUUCCAGUUGGGAGUUGGGUCAGAGUUAAUUUUUUAGGUCUUCUAUUAAAAGGGUUGUAAUUUUAAUUUAAAAAAAUGGCAUCCAAUUUAGUUGCGGGAGCAAAUCCUAAAAUACAGGAUAUAAUGUCGUCUUUGGACGAUGACAAAACAGAUAUGUUGGCUGCUACAAGUGUAUUGCAGCAAAGAGCUACAGAUAUAAGAAAUCAACAUGUAAACUGGCAAUCCUAUUUCCAGUCACAAAUGAUUUCGCAGGAAGACUACAACUUCAUAGUAGCUUUUGAUGUGACUGAUAGUGCAAAAAGAGAAGCUCUCCUGAAAAGCGACAGAAACCAAUGUGCUCAAACAUUGUUGAACCUUUUGGGGCAUGUAUCCAAGGACCAAACUCUGCAGUACAUUUUAGUUUUGGUUGAUGAUAUGUUACAGGAGAACAGAAGUCGUGUAGAGAUAUUUCACGAAUAUGCCAACCAAAAGAAAGAAUCUGUUUGGGGUCCAUUUUUGAACCUUCUUAACCGCCAGGAUGGAUUUAUUACCAACAUGACUUCUAGGAUCAUCGCUAAAAUUGCUUGUUGGUCGCAGACACUUAUGGAUCGUUCUGACCUUCAUUUUUACUUGACCUGGUUAAAAGACCAACUAAAAACUCAGGAAAACAAGUACAAAAUGGCAUGCUCCGCCACUCCGAGUAUUCCCACCAAAAAAGAUAAACGUAGUUGCAUCGACAUCAUUCACGGUGCCAAUUCCAUAUUAUUUGGAAUGUCCCUUGAAGAUGCAACGAGAGUUGCCCAAGAGAACAACGAAUACAUCCAAUCGGUUGCAAGAUGCCUUCAAAUGAUGCUCCGAAUUGACGACUACCGUUUUGCCUUCGUGUCCGUCGAUGGAAUAUCCACUCUGUUGUCGGUACUCUCUGGAAGAGUAAAUUUCCAAGUUCAGUACCAGCUGAUAUUCUGCUUGUGGGUACUCACUUUCAACCCGUUGUUAGCCGAAAAGAUGAACAAAUUCAACGUUAUUCCUAUAUUGGCAGAUAUUUUGAGCGAUUCGGUAAAGGAGAAAGUAACCAGAAUUAUUUUAGCUGUUUUCAGGAAUUUGAUCGAAAAACCCGAAGAUCAACAAGUUUCAAAAGAACAUUGUAUAGCUAUGGUGCAAUGCAAAGUAUUGAAACAAUUGGCCAUUUUAGAACAGCGCAAGUUCGAUGAUGAAGAUGUGACAGCUGAUGUCGAAUUUCUAACUGAAAGACUACAGAGUUCUGUUCAGGAUCUGAGUUCCUUCGAUGAAUAUUCAACUGAAGUCAAAUCUGGACGUUUGGAAUGGUCUCCAGUACACAAGAGCAAGUUCUGGCGGGAAAAUGCGCAACGCCUCAACGAGAAAAACUACGAAUUACUCCGUAUUCUCAUUCAUUUGUUAGAAACCAGCAAGGACCCCUUGGUAUUGAGCGUAGCUAGUUUCGAUAUUGGAGAGUAUGUUCGCCAUUAUCCUCGCGGCAAACACAUAAUCGAGCAGUUGGGAGGAAAGCAAUUAGUUAUGCAACUCUUAGCCCACGAAGAUCCCAAUGUACGAUAUGAAGCUCUGUUGGCAGUCCAAAAAUUGAUGGUCCACAAUUGGGAAUACCUUGGUCGUCAACUUGAAAAAGAGCAAAGUACAGAUAAAAACGCGCCAAAGGGUGGAGCUCCUGUCGCAGGCAAGGCGUAAAUACUACCAUGAAAAGUAUUUAAAGAUAUUUACUGCAAUAAUUGUAGAAACUUUAAAAAUAAUUGUAAAAAUUAUAUCGAUUUCUGUACAUAGCUGUAUAGGUAUACAUUCCUGUCAUAUUUUAUUAUUGUUACGAUAACCAAUAAUCAACCAUGCACAUUUUAAACAUUUAAAAAUAUUGCUUUUAAAGUAACUUUUUUCUGAUUGUUAGUAUUAUAAUAAAGUAUAUGUUGUCGUUU